AUGCCCCUGUCGCCGGAAGAGGGUGCACGGGCUCCUCAUGUCGUCAUGGACCCGCUAGCUGCGCUGCGACGCUGCCUCCAGUACGUGUGCAGCCACCCCGAAGUCUAUGGCGAUGACGUGCGCGGUCUCCUCGACCGCGAGGUGAUGCACGUCGUGCGCCUCAAAGCUUCGGAGGUGUCGCUCGCCAACGGAGAACGACCGCUUCUCGUCGACUCACUGGAAAGUACCGGUGUGCGCCAAGCUGCUCGCGCUCUCACCGGGGUGCCACCGUUGAAUACGAUCCCUGCUCAAUCGACAGCAAGCAACGGCGCUGUACCCGACAGUGUUUCCGCUGGCGACUUGUUUGGCUACGGCAGCGUCUCUUUUCUGCCUGCCUUCUCCGUCGGCUUUAGCGCACUGCUACAGGACUCGCGAGCUGACUGGCCACGGGCGGAUCAGGCCGGUGGCUCUCGCUACUCGGACGAAAGAAAGACUUUUUGUGGCCGCUUUCCAUCCACCUCAUCGUUUCCUGCGGCUCCGCAGCUCUCGCAGGAUGAGUGCAUUCAGUGGAAUGACACCCUGCCACCCUCCUGUGCCUCAGCGAAUCCGCGCGGUAUCCGCACCAUUGGGCUGGAGUCGGUGAGGAAUGAUGAAGCCGUGAAGAGCAGCGUCUUUUCUGAGGACAUGGACAUGGACGGCGGCGGAACGCACUCGGACAAGACGCGUCAAGCAUCGCCGUCCCUGUCGCCCGGCGCCACGUUUGAGGCGCACGGUAGGUUCAACCCACAGGACCAGAGUCCUGCCCUUGGACUCCACGAGGGCACACCAAAUAGCCUGUCCGCAGCGCCUCCCAGUGCCGUCUGCCGCGCAGACGGCACGGUGUUGUUGGUGGAUCAGCAGGGAUACGAGGUGACGUACCUGCGCACGCAGCUGCAGCAGCUGGAAGCCGCGUUCAACUCCAAGUGUGUGCGGCUGCACGAGCUGGAGGUGGAAAACCGUCAAUUCGCCGAGAAGAUGAAAGCAUCGGAGGAGGCGAGGGCUCGGUGGGCAGCGCAGCACCACGCCAUGAAAGGUCAAGUGGAGGUGAUGCGGCGAGAACUUGAUGGCUGGAAAGACCGGGCCAACGACGCUGUGACAGCGGCGACGAAAAAGAGUAAGCAACAGAACCAGCGUGCAAAGCAGAUCGUGUAUAGCCAGCUUAGCGACGCGAAGCAGGAGAUCGUGCGGCUGGGCCAGCUGUGGCGCGAGACGGAGCGAGCCCUGCAGGAGACCCGUCGCGCCUUCGAGAACACAGAAAAGGAGGCUGUCGCCGCGCACAACCACCUCACCGAUGUGUUUCAUUACCUAGAGCGACUAGAGCGGCGAAUCGCACGUCGUGACGUAUAUGUGUCCCUGUGCGAGCGGCGACAGCGGUCGCUGGAGGAGAAGUACGAGAAGCUGCGCUGGGGCUACGAAGAGCUUAGCACGCUAGACGGGCGUUACUCGUAUGUGGACUACAUGCUCACUACAAGGCCGUUGUGGUCCGUGUACCUGUUUGUGCGUCUUGCGCGGCACCAGGGAGAGUACGUGGCACUUGAGAAUCCGAUGGAGGUGCAACAGCGACUGCUCCUCAUGGCGGGGCAGGCAGAGAAAGGUCGAGAGGUUUCCCCAGAGGCGGCGGCCGCCACUCUGGCGGCCAUGGAGCCGUUGUACGGUUUGAUCUUUAGCCGGUCACCGCAGGGCGGGCGUCUUGUUGCACAGGAGUACGACUUCCGCCUCGUCUUCCGCACCAUGGUCGCCGAAACGACAGCGGAUCUGAGUCGCCGCGGUCGACCGAAGCAGGUGCGCACCACCCUGCACGGGUCGGUGGCGUGCCGUGUCAUCCGAUGGCACGAGCGCUACAGCAUCGACUACCUCCGAGGCCAGGACGACGACCCGGAGAGUGCGGAGCUGCACCGCAAGUGUGUGCCGCUCCUAACUCUUGCCUCCGUGCUACUGCCUCUUCGCUCGCGCGCCGGGGCGAUCCUGAUGCGGCCAACGCCUGUGGAAGCCGCAGCUUCCUCAGCGAAUGUGGCAGACUCCACGGCGCCAGAGCAGGCGGCCGGGGCUGAGGAGGAGCGUGUGCACACUCUCCUCUCUACGACUUCAAACAAGCGCCACUACGACGAGGCUACCAUUCGCUUUGUGCUUCGCUGCUUCUGGAAGGAGCGGCUGUCAUCCUUUUCGCAGCAGAUGAACGCGCGUGUGAGCGCUGUCAACGAGAAGCGGGCACGCAAGCGGGAACUUGAGGGAACCCUGCAAAAUGGAAAGACCGAGAAGAGGAUCUCACCAACCGGUGAAUGUCUGCCUCCCGUGUCCGAGAGCAGUGCCCGCUCCGAUGAGAGCGACGAUGACGAAGACGACGUCGCCGUGAAUCAGACAUUCCUGGCGGCCCUCGUCGACUUCUCGACGCGCUUCGCCGUGCAGCAAGCGAGUUCGGGGAUCGCGGCGCCCACGAAGUCUGGGGUACCACCUAGCAAGGCAACCCUUGUGAAUGUGCGUGGCGUGCUCACCCGCGGGGCAUCCGACACGAAACUUGGCGGCAGGUCCGCGACCAGCAUCUCCUAUCCCGACUCAAAGGCAGCACUAGACUCGAUGUGGGACAGUGGUCGCAUCUUCUUCGCUGUGGUGCUACAGCCGGGCAGAUCUGCAGCGACCAAGCAGGAGGCCACCUCGCCGACGAGUGAUGCGCCGACCCCAGAGGAGGUGAGCAUUCUUGCCGAGGAAGCGCGCGAGAUGCUGGCGGCGCUCUACUACUACACGCUGGAGUACAAAGACUUGGACCCGGACUUCCGCCUCUUUUACCUCGUCGCGCAUCAGAUGAUUCCGGAGAUGGUGGCGGUGAACUUCUUUGCAGGUCUUGAGGCCUUUCAGCUUGAGAGCGUGGCGCUGCUGGAGUGGCGGCUGCAGUGCCUUUCGGCUGGCAUGCACAUCGGUGCGACUCGCACCGCCGCCGGGCAGCCGCCGAGCUCACCCACCAUGCCCAAGGAGGUGGAGGACCCACUGAUGGCGCUCACCCGUGCCGUUGACGUGAUUGACGAUGCUUUGCUGGACGGCGAGGAAGAGGAUAUUGAGACGGACAGCGACGGUGAUGGCUACGGCAGCAUCUUGCCUUUUCGCGCAAGUGCGCAGACACAGGUGCACCCCUCCACAGCCUCGUCCGCGACGACGGGGCAGCGACAGGAAGGGAGGAGGGAGGACUCCUCCACGGCAGAGACGCAGUCUCCCGUGCGGCCAGUGUCGCGGCGUACCUGCGAGCUGCAGCUUCUGCACAACAUCCGCGCCUACCUGCGCGAGCGGCGGGGGCUUAUGCAAGGUGAACAGGGCGUGGAGUGUGUCGACGGCGACGCGGAGUUGGGUGAAAAUGCGGAGAACCCCACAAGGGCUCGUCUCGCCGCCUUCUCGUUUGGCGAGGCGCCGCCGGAGUGGACGGCACUGGAAGAGCGGGUGCUAAACAUCCUUGGUCCGCACACGGCGCUGCUGGAUACGUUCCGCCACCAGUACCGGAAGCGGAAGGGCGAAGAUGCUGUGCAAACCAAGGGGAAGCCGAUGAGGCCAGGAAAAGAGCUCGAUCACCUGCGCAGGCGCCGAUCAGAGCGCAAUCGUCGGCACGAGAGAGCCAAAUAUCUGAGCGCGACGCGAGGCCUUCUGACCGCAGAGGAUGUUCUAGCGUUGGUGCAGCGCCACUGCCUUGCGACGUACGCCGUCUCGUGCUGCGGCACCCCCCGUUUCUCCCUUCUCGGCUCCUUAUUCGGUCGCAGCAGCGACCGGGGCUGCGACGCCUCCUCCGGACUCGACCCGUACGCGAUUGUUGGGCAUCUGCCUCUCACCGGGCUUCACCUGCAACGGCUGCGCUUCGCGCUGUCGCUGGAUCAGCCCUCCCAUCUAAUCCGCACUUCUGCCCUCUUCAGUGUGGACCCAGUAACAAAGUCGAACAGCCACUUCUAUGAUGCCUACCUCACCAUUGUGCUCGACGUUUUUGAACAGCAGCAGUCCUUUCUCAUGCAUAGUGUGCUGUGCAGCUGUGCCGCGCGCCAUGAGUUGUAUGCCGCCGAAGGCGCUGAAGAUUGUGACGGCCUGAUCCCGAUAGCGUGCCUCAAGAAGGGCCUGACGGCUGCCUUUUCGACCAUCAGCGGCACAUCGCAGCACGCGCUAGCCGUGCUGAACCACUUGGUGCAGUACGAUGAGCUGCUUCGCCUUGAGGAUGAGGUGAGGUUUGAGCAAUUCACCGACGCGCCAUUGCUGCUGAACGUGCCACCGCGUCACGGGAGAGGCUGCUUCACGGCUGACGGGGACGGCAGCGUGGAGCAGGGCCCCGGCGACGUGAUAGACGAGGGAAAAUGGAACCUGCGCGAGGAGGCGGACAGCUGCUCGCUGUUGAAUAUCGCCUUCGCUCUCCGCAUGAGCUACAUUGUGUGGGGCGAGGUGAGCGCUGGCACCGCCGAGGCGCUUGUCCACCGUAUCGUCAAGCGCGCGGUCCCUGUGUGCUGCUCCGACGCCGUCCAAGGUGAUGCCGUGUGGGCGGUGUCCGCGGUGGCAGUGAACAAGGACGCCACCGUGGUGGAGGAGUUUACCGAGUGGGACAUCUUCGACCAAACCACGCGGCAACAGUACGCCCGAGCACUGAUGCGGCUGCAAAAGGGCCACAACGGCGACGCUAACCCGCUGCGUCGCACUCUCUCAGCAUUGCAAACGGAGCUUCUGCGACCGGCAUCGAUACUCAGCAGCCGGGCAAGGGUUGGUGCAAGCAUGUCUCUCUCGCCGGGAGCCGUCGACGUUGACGCCUUGUACCCCGAUGUCGCAGGCGUGUGGACAACAACGAAGGUUCUUGCCGAAAUCCAGAAGCACAUGGAAAGGGCUGCAGCUGCCGUUCCCGCCAAGGGCACGGGCGCGUCGGGCAAAGGCAGAAAGAAGCGCAACUUAUCGCAGCCGCACAAGUCUCUCUUCAGCGUGCAGGCAGCCGGGAAAGGCAAUGACAGUGCAGACGAGGAAGAGCAGGUGCCCGACUAUGGGCUGUUGAGCCUCGUGCGUGCACUCGGCUUUGCGCCGCCAUUGUUGACGAGCGUGCCUGGAGUCGGCGGCGCAGCAGCGAACAAGAAGGGUGGAGGUAGGAAGAGCACGACAAAAAGGGGUGCCUCAAAGAGCAGAGCCGGGCCAGAGACUGCAAUCCCAGCGUGCCUGCAGCAAGAGUACAGCGAGAAGUUGUCCAUGCAGCUGCAGGACCUCGCUGCGCGCGUGGCCGCGUUGACGCCGUCCGAUUUGAACAGGUUCCCUGAGGACAUGUCAGUCGCUGGGGACGUCAGCGUCAACAUGGAAGGUGCAACUCCAUCGGCGAAUAGUUUAUCCGUGUCAAAUCGAUCCGUUGACGCGCCGACGCCGGAGAGCUCGCCGUCGCGUGUGCACUCUGUCAGCCUUGCUCGAAAAUCGCUGCAGAGCACUUCACAGAGCAAACUUCACAAGAAAGUCAUUGUUGAGACGCCCGUCGAUACGAAACGAAAUUCCUUGGAACCCCAUGCGCUGGCGCCGGCGUGGGUACCUUUGUUCCCAGGCUCAACCUCAGCGUUGGACAACGUAGGCGCGCCUCUGUCGAGUAGCAUGCCGAUGGAUGUUUCCAAGCUCUACGCUAUUUGCGCCGCACUGAGUAUGACCUAG